AUGGAGAUUGGGCCACAAAAGUUGGCUGCUGCAGCAGCUGUGGGGUCUGUAGCAGCCUCUGUAAGAGUCGUGGAAUGUAGGGGCGUUGAGGGAGGUGAGGAGGAUGAGGAGGGUGUGAAGGGUGUGAUGGAUGUGGGAGGUUCGAGGGGUGAGGGGGGUGUGGGAGGUGAGGAGCGUGAGGAUGCAGGUGAGGGACAGAUGGGCGCUGCUGGUGCUACAGGGUGCGCAGAGGAGGCUACAGUGGGUGCCGCAGGGGCUAUGGAGAGUGGAGAGGCUGCCGAGAUGUUGGGGGUUGCAGGGCAUGUGGGGGGUGUGGGGAGCACUGCGGAAGAUGGUUCUCAUGUGGAGUGUAACCAGAACGAGCCAGGGGUUGCACCGGUGAGCGGACGAGCAAGGGAUGGGGCAGUAUGCGUGGGAGUAAGGGAAAAAGCUGGUGUUGGUGUGAUGGGUGGUGGCAGAGGGAGUGGAGAAGGAGGAGAGGAGGAGGCAGUGGGGGUGAGGGUGGAACGUUCUGGCGGUGAGUGUGCAGCAGCAGAGGGCAAUGUGGGGAGUGAACAAACAGGGCAGCUGGGAAGUCCUCUGGAUGAGGGUAGACAGAGUGAAGCUGCUGUGGCUCCUGUCCCCGUGGCUUCCUCUGCUUCAGAUUUGAUGGGAGGGCCGCGAGAGGAAGUGGCGGCAGUUGUGGGGGCAGCAGUUACGGGGGAGCUUGGGCUGGAGGUACUAGGAAAUGAAUCAGAGGCACACCCUGCUGCUGCUGCGGCGGCGGCGGCGGCGGUGGCGGCGGCGGCGGCGGCGGCGGCUGCUGUUGGUGGGGCAUCAGGAGGAUCGGGGGGGAUUUCUGUUGCGGAAAUAAGAGUGGGAGAAGGAGCAGGGCCGAUGGGUGUGAAGGGGGAGAGCGGGGGCGUCAACCGGGUGUUAGGGGCGGUGGGCGUGGAGGGGAGUGAAGCGAGGAUCAGUGAGGUGGCAGAGGUGGCGGAGGGUAGGGCGCAGCAGCACAUGUGUGGCAUGGGUGGUGAGGAGGAGACGGCUGAGAUGCGCAAGCAGGUGGCAGCUAUGAGGAUGGGCAUGGUGCUGUGGCGGAAACCACCGAGUAAGUGGAAACCCACGUUGCCAUCAUGA